UGGACAGCAAUCAGUGCUGAAACAUUUGGCGCCGGCAGGACUUAGUGAGCGUCAUCGAAUCAUACCUUGGAAGCAUUCGAGAGACACUUUGAUCGUUUUCGGACGGGGUGUGAAGCGGCGUCAUAUCAGCUAUAAACGGGACAUUGUUUGAUUUUUGUUUCGUUAUCUAUUCGGUUUAAAUGUUACUGGCUCCAGAAACCGCACAAACUGUUCCAGGGCUCUAAGUCUCGCAAGUGGUGGAAUUCAAUGCAGGGUUGUAAUUUUCUCCAGCCCGACCACGCCGUAUCCACAUGCCCUAAAUGCCUACAGUAGAAAAAACGCCUCGAACUUCCAAUGUGAUGCAUCUGCAUAAGAGAAAAAUUACUCGAUUAAGAUGGGUAAUAAGCACACGAUAUUUACUGAUGAACAGCUAAACGCCUAUCAGGACUGUACGUACUUCACUUGUAAUGAAAUCCUUCGGUUACAUGGGAGAUACCAUGAGCUGGCUCCACAAUUAGUACCAAUGGACUAUACCAAUGACCCAGAUGUCAAAGUGCCCUUAGCACUCAUAGUCAACAUGCCAGAACUGAAGGAAAAUCCCUUCAAAAACCGCAUUGUGGAGUGCUUCUCCGAGGACGGGCAAGGCAACCUCAGCUUCAAUGACUUUGUGGACAUGUUCUCAGUGCUCAGUGAAAUGGCCCCUAGAGAACUGAAAGCCGUAUAUGCUUUCAAAAUAUAUGACUUCAACACAGACAACUUUAUCUGUAAGGAGGAUCUGAAGAAAACAUUGAAAAAGCUGACAAAGGAGGAGCUGACACCAGAGGAGAUAAACAUGGUGUGCGAGAAGACCAUUGAGGAGGCAGACCUGGAUGGGGACAGAAAGCUCUCCUUCACUGACUUUGAAAACAUGAUAUCGAGGGCUCCUGACUUCUUAAGCACCUUUCAUUUACGAUUCUGAGUGGGCUCCCAGGAAGGAUGUGUGGGCGCAAGGCGGUCACGUGACAUGGCAAGGCUUCCCUGACCUCAGACUACUGGGACCCCUGCUUUUAUGCGAGCUGUUGGGAGAACCCCACCUCGUCCCCGGUGCUGGAGCUGAUCUUUUCUGAGGAGGGACACCUGCAGUGAGCUGGACUGUGGCCCAGAACAGAGAUCCUGAC